UUCUCAGAAGGCUAGCUAAGCUAAGAAUAAGAAUGAUAACAAAGGAGCUCUCUCAUACUCUGUCCGAGAUAGCUCAGUUUUUGAUUGGCCAUUAAUUGUAAACAUCUAAGAUGGGCCAAUCACAGGUGGACUUGUUGCAUUCCACAGCAGCAGAUAACAAUUGUUUACAUUUGUUGCUGAAACUUCUCAGCUCUAACAGGAAAAAUCCUAAGACACAAUUUUAAUGAAAAGAUGUCUGCGACAGCUGCCCACUGCUCAUUGUCCUGACGAGAGAAGUACCAGGGUAACAGAAAAGGACUUUGGUGCACUGGGUUGCCUGGUUGAAGGGACAGGAGCACAAGGUACAAGAGAUGGUGGUCUUGAUUCCUUUGGUAGUCAGGAUGAAUGCCAAAAUGAACAAGAAAGCCAAUGGGAGCAAAAAGUAGCUUAAAGACUGGUGCCAUUGGUGGAAUUUUGGGUUUUUCAAACAUGAGGUAGUUUGUAUAGCACCAGGCUGGAGAUAGAUGGAUUCACCUCUAGAAGAGAAGAGGCAAAAGGGUUCCAACCUGUGGAUUGGCAGGCUGAUUGAGAGGGCUUUAAACUAGAUCUGAGGGGAGAGGGGCAUGAGAGCACAGUCACUAGAAAUGAAGCUGGGGGCAGCAGGCCAGUGCGGGGCAGAAAUUGAUAGCACAGCUAAAGUGCAUCUACACCAAUGCAGCAGUGUGGGCACCACAGGAGGAGCUGGAGGCUGUGGUGCAGCAGCAAAGCUCUGAUCUAGUUGCUGUCAUGGAACUGUGAUGACUCCAUGACUGGAAUGCUGCAAUGGAUGGCUCCAAGCUCAUUAGAAGGGACAGGUGAGGGAGAGAGGUGGUGUUAUGACUCUGUACCUUAGGGAGGGUUUUGGCUGUCUGGAGCUUGGUAAUGAAAAGGAUGAAUGGUCGUGGUGAAAAUCAAGGGGAAGACUGGCAAGGCAGAUAUCCUGGUGGGGGUCUGUUCUAGACCUCCCAACCAGGAUGAAGAGGCAGAUGAAUUAUUCUAUAGAGUGCUGGCUGAUGUUUCGUGGUUGCCAGUCCUUGUUUUUGUGGAGGUCUUUAACCUGCUGGAUGUCUGCUGGAAGCAACCCAGUGGAGAGAAGACAGUCUGAGAGGCUCCUGGAAUGUGUGGAAGAGAACUUCUGGCUCAGUAGCUGAGCAGCCCACCUAGGGUGGGGCCCUGCUGGACCUGCUGUUUGCAGACUGAGAGGGGCUGCUGGAAGACAUGGUGGUUGGAGCCAUCUUGGGCACAGUGACCCUGAAAUGAAGGAGUUUCAGUCCUUGGCGAAGUAACAAGGUGCCUCAACAAAACCUCUACACUGUCAGAGGGUGAAUGUCAGCCACUUUGGGACACUGAUUUGGACAGUCCCUUGGGAAGCAGCCCUUAAAAACAAAGGGUCCCAGGAAGGCUGGGCAUACAUCGAGAAGGAAAGCUUUAAGGUGCAGGAGCAGCCUGUCCCUAUGUACCUAAAAAUGAGCUGGUGGGGAAGAAGGGAUUGUCCCCCUGACCUUGGCAUUGGUGAGGCCACACCUCAAGUCCUGUGUCCAGUUCUCAGCCCCUCAGGUCAAGAAGGACAUUGAGGGGCUGGAGUGUGUCCAGAGAAGGCAACGUAAUCGGGAGGGCCUAGAGGGUGAAUCCUCUGAGGAGCAGCUGAAGGAGCUGGAGAGGCUCAGCCUGGAGAAAAGGAGGCUCAGGGGAAACCUUCUCACUUUCCAGAACUCCCUGACAGGAGAUCAGAGCCAGGGGAGGCUCAGCCCUGGAGCGGCCUCAGGUUAUGCCAGAAGAGGUUCAGGGUGGACAUCAAGAAAAAUUUCUUCAUGGAAAGGUGGUCAGGCAUUGGAAGGAGCUGCCCCGCGGAGUCCGAGUCCCUGGAGGUGUCCAAGAAAUUAUGGAGGAAAAAAUGUAAACCUUCAUUUCUCAAGAGGGACCUGUGGGCUCCGGCCCAUGGCCUCUGACCACAGCUCUGCUGCUCUCGACUACAACUCCGUGGUUUCUGCUGCUGGCACGUCCCGUGAGGGUGGCACCAGUGUCCAGCCUGGGGCCUGGCCCGGCAUCGUCAGCAUCCAGGCCACCUGGGAGAACGGCACGUGGCACAUGUGCACGGGUGUCCUCCUCAGCUCCCAGUGGGUGCUCACGGUGGCACACUGCUUCGCCAGGGCCGGGGGCAUCUCCACGUGGGACGUGGUGAUCGGGGCCACAGAUCUGACUCAGAUGGGCCCUGAGGCUCUGGUGAGACGCAUCCAGAGGCUCCUGGUGCACCAGCACUACGUGGCUGCCACGGCCAGGAAUGACAUUGCCCUGGUGGAGCUGGACCAGCCCGUGGAGUGCAGCGACUACAUCCAGCUGGGCUGCGUGCCCGACCCCUCACUCAGGGUCUCAGAGCUGAAAUCCUGCUACAUCGCCGGCUGGAACUUUGCCAGAGCUCAGGGAGCAGCCAUGGUGCUGCAGGAGUCCAAGGUUCACCUCAUGGACACCGAGCUCUGCAACAGCAGCCCAUGGUAUGCAGGGGCUGUUCAUGCUGACAACCUCUGUGCUGGGUACCCACAGGGUGGCAUCGACACCUGCCAGGGGGACAGCGGGGGUCCCCUCGUCUGCAAGGACAAUGCAGCUGACUACUACUGGCUGGUGGGAUUGAACAGCUGGGGAAGAGGCUGUGACAGAGCCAGGCACCCCGGGAUCUACACCUCCACUCAGCACUUCUACAACUGGAUCCUGCUCCAGACGGGCCUGAGCCCAGCAGAAAGAGCUGGUCCAGCACCGGAGCCACCUGUCACCUCGGCCCCCGAGGAGGAGGCUGAGGAACCAGAGCCACCAGAGGAACCAGAGGAACCAGAGGAAGAGAUCAACUUGACCCCUGAGUACAACGAGAAACCAGCAGUGACAUCCUCGGGCACGUCACUGCCCAUGGCAUUCCCACACCAGAUCCUGGUGCAAUUCUGGAAUCUGGUGCAGGAGUUCCUGCAGUUUUAGAAGGACAAAAAAGCCUGAGCAGCAGCAGGAUGAGCAGGAUCCAGGGCUACAGUGGAUCACGGCAGCUCCAAGGCAGCCUUGGGGCCAGAGGCUUCUCUGUCCUGCCCCCGCUGCUGCGCUGCAGCCACAGCGAUGCUGACGUGACUGAGGUGUUGAAGUAAAGUUUCUGUGUUCACCAUUA